UUGUUUCCACAGAUAUUCCAUAUCUGUGGUUGUUUCGUUGUUGAUUUCUCGCUUCUUAUUAAAUGUUAUUUAUUUUGUAAUUUCCUAGAUGGUUUACAUCCGUACUAGUCGCGUUUGUCAGGCAUUAUCAUAGAUACAUUCAAAUACAUUGUAUCAGAGGGUAAAAAAUUCUCGUCCAGGUUUUCUUGCGAUAUAAGGGCAUUCGUUUUAUAAAAUUUGACAAGAUGAUGCCAGGUAGAAUGGGAACCUUACCAAUAGCAGCUGAAAAUCCAUUAGGACUAUCCUGGCAUGAUUCAGCUUGGAUCCCAUUGUUGAACCCCUCCAAUAUAAUGGACUACUUUUCAGAACGAUCUAACCCAUUUUUCGAUCGCACAUGCAACAAUGAAGUUGUUAAGAUGCAGCGUUUGAGUAUGGACCAACUGCAGAAUAUGACGGGCUUGGAAUACAUUUUAUUACAUGUCCAAGAUCCCAUACUGUAUGUUAUUAGAAAGCAACAUCGUCAUGGGCCUAAUCAAGCUACUCCACUAGCUGACUAUUACAUCAUUGCUGGUAUUGUUUAUCAGGCACCAGACUUGGCCAGUGUUCUCAAUUCAAGAUUGCUUUCUGCUGUUCACCAUUUGCAAUGCUCUUUUGAAGAAACGAUGUCAUAUUCACGUUACCAUCCCAGCAAAGGAUACUGGUGGGAUUUUAAAGCCACAAAACCAGGUCUCAGCCCUUUUAGUGUUACUCAAUCAGCACCUAAAGAAACCACUGCUACCCCAAAAGAGGAACCUUCAACAUUAUUCCAGCGCCAGCGAGUAGACAUGUUACUUGCUGAACUAGUAAGACAGUUUCCAUUGCCAGUGACCCAAACUACCUCUAACCAGGUUAAUGGAGUAACAGUAAAAACUGAAAACACGAAUGACAAACAUGCAGAUAAGGCAUCGGAUGGAAGUAAUGUAGGAAAUAUAACGAUAAAACAAGAACCAAUGGAUCCUAUCAAUUCCGAAAGUAUGGCUAAUGGUAAUAUUCAAGGUCACAUAGAAGUAAAAACAGAGAUAAAACAAGAAAAUAUGAAACCACCACCAGAAAAAAAACCAAGAAUGUAAAAUAAUUUAUUUAUACAUUUUAACUUAUUAAUAAAAAAUAAAGCUCAUUUUUAUUUUAGAUCAAAAAUAUCUUUUUACAUAGUUUUGAAAUACUUCAUAUUGUCUUCUUCUUGUAUAUUAAACAAAUUAUCAAUUUUUUCCUGUGUUGAGGUUCCAUUGAUACAUAGCUGACAAUUAAUUUUCCUUGGAUCUUUGAAUGUUUCAUUUAUGUUCUUUGAACUAAAAUUAAUAAAAUAUUAUAUUAGCAAAACUUUGAUAAAACUGUUUCUGAGUAUAUGCGUUAACCUAGCAAAGGAGAAUGAGCAAAAUGGUCUAUGAGCGGCCAACAACGAAAUAGGUAUUAAAUGAAAGUACUAUUACUAAGGACUAACUUUUACUAUGAACGUAACAUUGCAGCUCAUUUAGAAAAAAAAAUACAUAUUAUAGGUAAAAUACUCAGAUAAGUGCAAGAAAAUGUGCAAACCUAUUGUAUAAAAUACUUAUUAACAUUAGUUUAUGUAUUCAAAAGUAGGUAUUUCAAAACGUCAGCAUACCGUUUACAAGACUAUCCUAUGUACAUUAAAUGUAUUAAUGUAUAAUAAUGUACAGUGUGUACUGAUGACGGCAAUAAAAUAUUCUCGUCUUGAUGUCUAGCCUAUGUAUAUUAAAUGUAUUAAUGUAAUUAUAGCACCGAGUUCUGAUGACGUUAUCAUUAUUAUUAUUUUUGGCGAUGUUUUGUCAGUGUGAAAAUAAAUGUAAAAGUAAACAAGUCAUUUUA